UAGCAAAUUACAUGUUCUACUUCACAUACAGAUCUGUGACUUCCCUUCUUCUAUUGUGAGAAAGAGAUAAAAAAAAAUGGAGACAAAGAGUGAAGAGAAGCUAAGUGUCAUCGAACUACUAAUACGAGCUGUGAAGAUACUCUUUGGUAACAUCAAUCUCGCUCUUUUCCUCUUCCUCUGCUCUCUCCCACUGUUUUGUUUCUUGAUCUUCUUCGAGCUCUCCCUCCAAACCACUGUCUCACUCGCUUCUCGAUACCUCUAUAAGCUAGUCACUUCUGACGAGGACUUGUCGGAGAAUGAUCUAAUUCCAUGGUUGAUUCACACAUCUCUGCUCUACUUCAUUCCCUACACCUUUCUUGACCUCUUUACCACCACCACAAUCGUUGCAGCAUCUUCGAUUAUUUACACGUCUCAGGAAGAACCAUUGGGACUACUUUAUUUGGUACGGAGAUCUGUCAAAAUAUGUCAGAACAGAACAGGAGGUUGUCUGAUCACAUCUCUCUAUGUCCUUGUCUUGUCAACCUCUGUUUUAUUCGGUGUUUUAUCUGGUUCGACCGCCUACUUAUUGAUUGUUUCUCUCACAAUCGAGCACCAAAUAUUCCUUAAAGAAUCAGUGGUCUUGGCCCUCUUGGCAGUGUUGUUCGAUGUGGUGGUUAUUCUCAUUCACGGAACUGUCUUCAUAGUUCUGGCUACAAAGUUCUGCAAGUGGAGCGCGGGAUGGAACAUUAGUAUGGUUGUUUCGGUCUUAGAGGAGGAUGAAGAUGGUAAAGGCAUCUACGGAAGUAAUGCUCUGUCACUUUCGGCUUGGUAUGUAAGAGGCCAAGAAAAGCGUGACGUAGGGAUGAUGCUAUUGUUCUUCGUCGGUGCUUUCCUGAUGAGGAUGCCAUGUAUUUACUUCCAAUGCAGUGAGAGUCUUAAUGGGAACGGAGUGUUGUACACUGGUCUCUAUGUGGGUUUGAUUUGUCUCGGGAAUGUGGUUAAAUGGGUGUCCUGUGUUGUUUGUUAUCAUGAUUGUAACACAAGGGCUCUGAAGAAAAAGGUUGAUGUGGAGAUUGGAUCAAAAGCUAAGGCUUUUGUUGCUACAUAGAGAAAUUGUUUUGUGACCAAAAUCUUAAUAUCAAUCAUGUUUUUGCUCA